GGGUGCCUGAGUUUGUGCUUCUCUGUGUGUAAAUGUUCAUGUGUGUGAGCCAGGGAGAGCCAGGCAGCACCUUUCCAACACACACACAGCCAAGGCAGGCAGGAGGAGAGAGAAGCAAAGAGAGAGAGAGAGUGAGAGAGGCAGAGAAAGAGAUGGGGGUAUUUGGAAGGGCGUGGCUAGCCAACUGUCAGUCACUGGCGGUUAUCACAGAAAAUGGGCGUGCUCAAAUACCGGGACAGCCAAUGGUAAGCGACGCUGCUUGUGUCACCAUGGUGACGGGGCUGUACCCAGGGAGGUUGUGAUGGGUUGACAGGUGCGUGACAAUCGGAGCUCUCUGCAAGCAUGUACGCCAAAGGCAAGAGUAACAACGUGCCGUCCGACAGCCAAGCCAGAGAAAAGUUAGCUCUCUAUGUGUAUGAGUACCUGCUGCACGUAGGGGCACAGAAGUCAGCACAGACCUUCCUCUCAGAGAUCCGAUGGGAGAAGAACAUCACAUUAGGAGAGCCCCCAGGAUUCCUCCACUCUUGGUGGUGUGUGUUCUGGGACCUUUACUGCGCGGCCCCGGAGAGGAGAGAGACAUGUGAACAUUCUAGUGAGGCCAAGGCCUUCCAUGACUAUAGUGCAGCAGCAGCUCCCAGUCCCAUACUUGGAAACCUUCCCCCAGGAGAGGGAAUGCCAGUGGGACCCGUACCUCCAGGAUUCUUCCAGUCGUUCAUGUCGCCUCGUUACCCUGGUGGGCCCAGACCUCCUCUCAGAAUACCCAAUCAGGCAAUGGGGGUCCCUGGUAACCAGCCUAUGCUGCCCAGCGGAAUGGACCCCACGAGACAACAAGGGCAUCCAAAUAUGGGGGGGCCCAUGCAGCGAAUGACUCCCCCCAGAGGGAUGGUCUCUCUUGGGCCACAGAAUUACGGUGGAGGGAUGAGACCACCUCUCAAUGCACUGGUUGGUCCUGGGAUGCCUGGCAUGAACAUGGGCCCUGGUGGGGGUAGACCUUGGCCAAAUCCUCCAAAUGCCAACUCGAUCCCAUACUCCUCUGCGUCUCCAGGGAGUUAUGUGGGUCCACCAGGAGGAGGGGGGCCACCUGGUACUCCAAUAAUGCCCAGCCCAGCAGACUCAACUAACUCUGGUGACAACAUGUACACCCUGAUCAACACAGUCCCUCCUGGUGGAAACAGACCAAAUUUCCCAAUGGGUCCAGGUGCAGACGGUCCAAUGGGAGGGAUGGCAGGAAUGGAGCCACAUCACAUGAACGGGUCGCUAGGGUCUGGAGACAUGGACAGCCUCCCCAAGAACUCACCUGGUAACCUGAGUCUGAGUAACCAGCCGGGGACCCCCAGAGAAGAUGGAGAGAUGGGUGGCAACUUCCUCAACCCCUUUCAGAACGAGAGCUAUUCUCCAAACAUGACCAUGAGUGUGUGAAGGCUUCGCCAGCUGGUCAGUUAGUGGUGUGGAUUGGUGGAACGCACAGAGACAGGAUGUGAUGUCAUCUAAGCUCCCCGGCUCUUCCUCUCUGUGAUAUCUCUACCAGGACAGUGGACCCAAGCCUCAUUCUCCCCUUGGCCUCUUCUUCUUUUCUGUUUCCUCCCCAUUUUACAUUUGUGACCUGCUUUGUUCAUCAACACCUACCAUCAGAGACUGUAUAAAGAAACUGAAAUAAAACAUCUCUGAAUAUUUAGAAAUGUAUGUCACUGCACACUCUCAGUUGUGCUAAGUCUGUUAACACAGAAAUAUGUACCAUGCGCCACCAUCUUGUGGAAAAGAAACUGAAAACCCUCAAGUGUAAAGAAAUUCGAGAGGAUAGCGUUCUGGCCUGUCUCCCCACCUGCAGUUGUUAUGUCUUGAUUUGGAUGAAUUAUAUUGUCAACUUCAUUCUUAUUGGAUACACAACAACCUGGGAUAAAGGCUAUGUGGGACUGGAACUGGGCAACAGCUUCAGUGAUUUGAGAUCUUGGUCCCACAGUGAACAUUCACCAAGAGCUCUUAUUUUAUUUUCAGCUCCAUACACUUGGAUUUGAUGUGCUAUGUUGACUGCAAAGAGAGAGAGACAAUGGUGAAUUAGAUGAGACAUAAAUGCAGAUAUCAUUCUUGUAUCUAUGUCUUGACCAGGAACAUAAACACCUACAAAACAGAGAUUCACCAAUCUAACGAUUACACAUCUGACAUGGAGAGAACAGAGAGAAUUCCAGUGGUUGGUUUUCUGCCUUUUAAAAAAUGAUGCAACCUGUUAUGAUUGUUCAAUUAAUGCAAAACUGUAGAUUUUUUUAAAUACCUGCUUUGAGGAGAUAAGGGCAUGGAUAAAGCAAAACUUCCUUCAAGUGAACAGCAGCAAAACCGGGGCUCUACUUGUUGGCAGCCCCCACCAGGUCCAGCACUCACCAAAAACACACCUAACCAUAGCAGGACAGAACAUCCCUCUCUCCCCCUUAAUUUACAAUCUGGGUGUAAAGCUUGAUUCCUCCCAGACCUUUGACAGCCAGAUCAAACAACGUUGUAAAGCCAAGCGUCAUUCUAUCACCUCAAGAACAUUGCCAAACUCUCACCCUCACUCAGACUAACGCAGAGAAACUCAUCCAUGCCUUUAUCUCCUCAAUGCUGGACUACUGCAACACACUUCAUCGGGAUCCCUGGCAGGAGUCACCUGAAGCUCCAAUAUACCCAGAACAAUGCUGCCACGAUCCUGAUGAGAGUGCGGAAACACUAUCCCGUCACCCCCAUCCUGGCAUCUCUGCACUGGCUCCCCAUCUCAUUCCGGUUUGAAUAGAAAAACCCUCCUGCUUAUCUCAAAUAACUGCUCUCCCUCCAUAACUCCACCCGCAGGUCAAGCGAUAGCCUGCUCCUCCACGACCCCAGGACCAAGCUCCGCUCCAUGUGGAUCAGGCUUUCAGCUUGACCGCCCCAAGCCUCUGGAAUGCUCACCAUGACCACCUGAAGGCACCACAGACUCUGGGCUCCUUUAAAACGGGCCUAAAGACCUUUCUAUGUAGUAAGGCUUUCUGUUGAUAGCUGUGCUCCUUGGUGUCCUUGUCCCUUGUAGCGUUAUCUGGGUUAAUUGUGUCAGUUGCCCUGUCUUGUGUCAAUUUGUUUUUUUUAUUUUAUGCAUUUUGAGAUUAUUCUGUAUAAUGAAAAGCGCUUUACAAAUAUCAAAAAAUAUUUUGAUUGAUGAAAAAAGGAAGACAAAAACUGCAGCAAUGGUUGACAA